GUGUCGACGAGCUAAUUGAUGGAUGGCGGCGUCCGAGGCGCCGAGGACUCGCGCUUGCCGGCGGCAUGUGGAGAGGCGCGCUCGGCAGGGUCCAUUUUGAGGAAGUUCAUCCCAUGGUUGUCUCUGUUGGUGUAUUUCGGCAGUUGUGUUUUGCAUCUUGACGCAUGCAAGGAUGACAACGGGGAUUGACGUCGUUUGCAUAGGCGAGGGUGCCUUGCAUGGAGGGGCCGAAUGUCGGCCGUCGACCGGAAGCAUUCUUCCGCGGGCUACUCCUCAACUGCACGGUUGAUGUGUCCGGAAUUCCAAAGACUGACUUUAGGUGGCAGACAGCGUGUGGGUUUAUACAUACUCAGUGGAGGAUGUGGGGCAUGUGGGAGCGAGCGGCGGUGGGGCGUGGGAGUAUCUUGGGGUCCCUCUGCCGUCUUUUGCUCAGCCGGCAGCGAAGGGUACAUGGCAUUAAAUACAUGGGUAUCGCAUCAAUACAUGAGUAUCGCAUCAAUACAUGAGUAUCGCAUCAAUACAUGAGUAUCGCAUCAAUACAUGAGUAUCGCAUCAAUACAUGAGUAUCGCAU